GCCGCGAUAAUGCGACCUGCAGCUUCCUUGCUCGUUCCUUCUGAAUAAGUGCUUGCUGGGACGGUCCCUUACCUGCAGGGAUAUGACGUAAUGGCAAGAGAGGAGCUACGGAGCAAGAGACCUUUUAAGAUAUGGGACAGCUGGCGUAACGUAAGAAAAGGACUGGUUGUUAGCAAUUUCGAGGAACUGAUACACCGGGGCAAGGAAAAAUUGGGCGUGCCACAGAACGAGAAUGUCUCUCUAGUGUUGGAAUCGGACGGGACUCAGGUCGAGGACGGGGAAUACUUCAAGACUCUAGCGAAUAACACGAUCCUGCUGUUGCUGCGGCAUGGUGAACGCUGGUUUCCAACGGGGGUCGACAUCAUACGCGCCGCGAUUUCAGCCAUACCGAAAAUAGUCUGCGAGACGAUCCACGCGCUGGAGUUGCACGAUGAGACGCCGUCGUGGAAGAUCAUGGACAAUAAGGGACGGGUCACGGUGGUGCUGCACUGGGACCAGCGUUCAUCCACGUCGUCGCAGGUGCAACAGCAGCAGAAGGGUCCAGACGCGCAAACCUCCAAGUAUUCGCCAACGAAGAAAACCGAUCUGAGUGGCAGCCAGCGACCUUCGCUGGUCAUCCAGACCAGUUUGGACAAGCUCAAUUACAAUAGCAAGUCGGGACACCUGGCGGGGGAGAUCGGUCCCAGCCGCUACACCAGCCCUCAAAUCACUGUGAUAAAUCAUGACGACAUGCAGCAGCAGCCGCCGCAGCCACAGCCGCACGGGAUCCCAGGUCGACUGGUGAAGCAGGGUACCAACUCGUUCGACAGCACCACCAUCCAUAUCCACACGCCUGAGUGCUCUAACCACAUUCACCAGCCUGUCGUGAGGAACGGUAGCCCUGUGAACGGGGCAGUUGGUGGAGCCAGCGGAGAAUGCGACUUCCAUUGCUGUGCGCUACACGAGGAGGGUCGCAGAAUCGCUGUGCACAAGUCUGUGGCCACCUCGCCGAUCCAGGAUGCACAACAUCAGCAGUAUCAGCAGCAGCAGCAGCAGCAGCAGCAACAUCAUCAUCAGCAUCCCCAGCAACAGCAGCAACAGCAACCGUCGCAGACGCAAACUUCGUCGCCUCAACCUCCGUCCUCGUUGUCGGACGGUACCAGGCGACCCGGUCUGGCGAAAGGUCACGUGAGAUUCUGCGACACCGCCGACGAGGAGUCUAGUUCGCGUUUGGCCGGCAACUCGGCUGGCAGCUUUCAUCUCCACCAUCAUCACAAUCAUCAUCAGGAGCACGACAGCUCCGAGUCGGAAACUGAGAACACGAUCAUGGAGGAUGAGAUCGUGACCUCGGAGAAGUUUUUACUGCUCAUCGAUCAGCUCACCGUAGACCAGAAACACUUAAGCAUCAAGGAUAUCGGGAUCAUCCUCGAACGGCUCAGCUCGAAGAUCCUCGACGUGGAGCGACUUGACAGAGAGAGCGAAAGCGAGGAGUGUUACAACUGGACGAUCAAGGCGAUCAUUAGGGGAAACGUGUUGAGGGAGCUCGGGGUGAUUUACAACGGGAACUACUACGCGAUCUCAGAGCAUCCUGGCUACAAGGAGGAGUCCGAGGAGAAUAACGAGGAUAACGAGGAAGAAGAGGAGGAUAGACUUUAAUAUGAUGCUGUUUUACUAGAUAGAUAGAUAGAUAGAUAGAUAGAUAGAUAGAUAGAUAGAUAGAUAGAUAGAUAGAUAGAUUAUACACCUAUCAAUGGUUAUUAUUAAUAUAGUAUGUAUCGAGAUGCAGAGAGGGGGCUUUUCGAGAUGAUUCAAGAGAUCGCAAAGGAUGACGACAAUGACGACGACGACGACGACGACGACGACGACAACCACGACGACGACGAUGACAACUAUGAUGAUAAUGAACGGAAUGAGGAGGGGUAAAACGAGAGCGGAAGCGAAACGUGAUUUUUUUUUCAAAAUGUUUUCAUAAUAAAACAAAA